UUAUUGUUUUCGUGUAAUUGUCACAGUUUAAUGUUUGGAUUUAUGGAGAAUAUGGAGAAUUAUAAAGUGGUAAAUAGGGAGCUUGUCGAAACAGUGCAAAAGAUGCGCAUAACAAUUGGCGAUCUUCAGAAAGAAAUUUGUAGUUUAAGGCAACAGCUAUUAGCUAAUAAUGAAGAAGGGCUCAUUUUGAAGAGACGAUGUAGAUAUCUGGGUAUACAGCUUUUGCAGGACGUUGGGACUUCAGAUUCCGAAAUUGUACAGUAUUUAAAAACACAAGCAUUUCAAAAAGAUGUUCUUGCGGAGAUCACUAAUAAUUCAACCAUAUUGGAAAAACGACAUUCUUCUGAAAUGGCCUUAGAAUUAAGACGUUCCAGUGCUCUUUUUCAUCAUGAAGAACUUUUACGUAAUGCUUCACCCACAAUAAGCGGACAUAAUAGUGAUGAUGGUGAAAAUUCAGAUGAAGAAAUUGAUCAAGAGAUGGAGGACUUAGAUGGAAAAAGGGAGUCCCAAGAUAAAGAGAAGAAAAUUUCAAGUGAUACUAUAUUUGAAGAGGAUGAAAAUGAAGUAUGUGAAUGCGAUGAAAGUUUGCUAAAGGACAGUAGUAACACUAGCGACAAGGAAAAUUCUCUCGAUGCCACUCCUAGAGAAGAAAACCCUUCUCAGAUGCCAUUAAAAGAGUUAAGGAAUGCUCUUGGUAAACCAAAAAGAUUAACGCUUUCACUAGAAGAUUUCCGAGACAACGCAUUGAUUAUGAAGACCACAGAUAGUAAGUGUGCAGCGUGUUUUAGUUUUAAAGAUGACUUUGCAGUCGUUACCAGAGAACGAAAUCCUUUAGAAAAUGAAAGUAUACAAGAACCAAGGAAUUGCAAUUGCAGGUUUAAUAAGGAAAGUGAUUCUUUAAAAUUCCCAUGUCAGACCACAUCAUACGAGAGCUUAACUUCUAUUAAAUUUGAUGAGAAUGAGCUUACAAAUAGCACACCUUGUGCACCGCGAAUCGAAAAUUCAUACAAACAGACAGAAAGCAAUCACACAGAAAAUGGCACAAACGAAAGUGGAAUUGGGAAGUCACGACCAAGUCGCAAAUGCAAGCCCGUCAAUCUUGCUGAACCCCUUCGAAACACCAAAUUACGUAAUGAAAAACCUACACUAAGAAGGCGAAGUAAAAGGAAAAAAUAAAAUACAAUACCAAUGUCGCUUCGGAUAUUCCAUUUAAACAAAUUUGAAUAGCAUGAAUAUUGUAGGAACCAAAAAAAAUUUUUUUUUUUCACCGCUGUUUGUAUUUUAAUAAAAAAAUUGUUUUUUUUUAAAUCAGAAUGUGUUUAAAAGUUAUGUAAACGUAAUAUAGUAAAGAGAUUCCGCUUUGUAAUUGCGACGUAACGCAGUUGAAAGUAAAAGGGAAUAUAUAAUCACUUAUGCUUCACUUGGGCUUCAUUAUGCUCCAUGCCUACUUUCCUUCCGAAUGAAUUAUUGGUAACAGAGUUGGCCUUUUACGUAUACAACGUAUUCAAUCAGUUGCCGCCGUCCUCAUGGCCGCAAAAAUUUGCAUACAACGAGUCUUCUUGGGCGGGGUAUACUCAGCCAAUCCAGGACUCUUUCCAAGAAAAUUUGAAUUAAAACAACUGGGAACUUCGGUUUAGUUGUUACGUUUUUAUUUAUUUAUUCCUGAGGAAUUUACUAUGGAUAAGCGAUUUUAAGGAGAGUGGGAGGAAAAAGCCAGCGUGGUGAUCCAACCCUUCUUUAACGUUUUAAUGUUUCUUAUCCGUUCCGAAUGAUUAUUAUUAUAGUUACUUUUCCACGUUUCCGUAUCGCGAGUUUCUGUAAAAGAAAAGGAUACGCCGCUGGUGUUGUAGCAGCCAGCCUCGGCCUACAGGUCCACUUGUCCGCCCCUAACCGUUUCACGUCGCAAGAGAGAGUAUCCUUCAGUCAUUCAAGAAUAACGGCGAAGCCAUACCGACCACCCCCCAUUCGUAGAGUUAGCUGUCCUAUGAGUCAUUCAGGGAUGACGGCGAAACCACAUCGACCAUACCUUAUCUGUACAGUUAAAAAAAACCCUAAAGUAAAAGUCAACUAGUUUUUUCCGUGAUCACUUAACCUUGG